GUUAGAUCUGGCAGACAGAAAUACACAGAAUAUAGCCUACCAUUUAAUGCUACUGGAAUAAUGCCCAAAACAAACUACAAUGAAUUUUGUUAUAGGUUUAAUGGUAAACAGCUGACAUUCCAUACAUUUAUCAAUUACAAUAUCUGUUGAACAGGACGACAUUUUGACUCCUUUUGCUCCUUUUGCUUUUAAAAUUGCCUAAUAAAAACAAAGCAUGCCCUAUAGGCCAAUGUGUAUUUAUAACUGUAUAUUUGUUUUCUAUGUAAUUACAGACCAAAUGCAAAUCUUGUCCCAAUCCUUCAACAGAGUCAACAGUCCAACAGAGUUAGGAUAGUCAAAAUUCUAAAAUUCACUUUAAUCUUAGUAUGUGACAAAUUUCUUUCUUGUUCUGCAUAGAUAUCAAUAACCACAAGGGGGCGCUAAAUACUAAACUUCUUGUUAACGCAGGACCAGUGCUUCUAACUGCUUCAUUCAUCAUCUUGUAGUAUGUGUAUGUGAUGGGGAGAGGUUGAUGCCCUCACACGCUUGGCCAGCUGUCAUGUGUAACCAGAGAGCCCGUCGUAUAGGUAUUGUGGGGAGUGUCCUUGUCGUGGAGGUGUAAGGAGAGCAGACAAGCGAUUGUUGUACAGGAUGACCACCUCCCGUUAUUGGCAGUUUAACGAUGGAACUUGACGAGAGCAGGACCUGUUGCUAUAGUUUAUGAAAUAACACCAAAGUUACAGGCAUAUGAAAAAAGCGCAUCCUUUCCAGCAUUAUAACAAUGCUCCAUAAUGGACGGUUUGUUUUUUCCAGAGGAAUUGGGAAAUUAAUAACAGCGGACAUUUUAUAUACUUCGUCAGGAAACCAUCUUCACACCAAAUGAACUGCUUUAUAAACAACCUGAGGACGUGCGUAAUGGAAUUCUUCUUUAAAAAGAAGAAGAAUUUAAGAACUGCGGUAAGCUUGACUUUGGCGUUUGCAACUUUACUUAUGCUUCAGAAAUUAAUACCGGUGGAUACGAACAUCAAAGUCGGGCUGAAAAACAAGAAAUGCGGACCCGAAUGUCUCCCAUUCAACGGCAACAGAAUGCGGAGCUUCGAAAACGCAUCCCAAUUACGCGGAGGUGCUUUCGAACCUUUGGAAAACCCCAUACUUACAAGUUGGGAUGUGCAAAGUAUUAACUGUACAGAAAACUCCACGAUGAGGAGCCAGGGCUGGUUUCGCAGUUUAAAUCCAAGGUUUCAUCAGUUUGUCCUGCGCAGACACUGCAGAUAUUUCCCUAUGUUGUUAAAUCAUCCUGAGAAGUGUGGCGGUGACGUGGAUCUUCUUGUGGUUGUAAAGUCGGUCAUUGAAGAACAUGACCGACGAGAGGCCGUGCGCAAGACCUGGGGUAAAGAACAGGUCAUCCGGGGAAUGAACAUCAAAACUUUAUUUCUAUUGGGCACUCCGUCGACUGGCAAAGACGCACGAAAUUUACAAGCGCUGGUUAAGUAUGAAGACCGAACGUACGGGGACAUACUGCAGUGGGACUUCAUGGACACCUUUUUCAAUCUCACCCUAAAGGAGGUUAAUUUUCUGAGGUGGUUCAACAUCUACUGUAGUAAAGUACCGUUCAUCUUCAAAGGAGAUGAUGAUGUGUUUGUCCACAGCAAAAACCUGGUGGAACUUAUUGGUUUUAAAAUCGAGGAGAACAAGGUGAACAAUCUCAUCGUUGGAGACACCAUUUUUAAAGCCAAACCGAUCAGGAACCGUCAAAGUAAAUAUUUCAUUCCUAAAGAGCUGUAUGACAAACCUUAUCCACCCUAUUUGGGUGGAGGUGGAUUCCUUAUGUCCUCUAAAGUGGCCCACAGGCUGUUUAUGGUCAGCGAGAACGUGGAGCUUUAUCCGAUAGAUGAUGUGUUUUUGGGCAUGUGUCUUCAGAGGUUGCACAUUACCCCUGAGCUCCAUCACGCCUUUAGGACAUUCGGGAUCAUAAAGCGUAAAGUGACCCCUUUGAACAGGGAGCCUUGCUUCUUCAGGAACCUCAUCGUGGUGCACAAACUUGCUCCUCAGGAGCUCUUGAGAAUGUGGAGCCUUGUACAAAAUGAGGACCUUGUCUGUGCCAGAAAAAUUGUUCUCUGAAAUUGUUAUAUAAUCCGGACAAAUAUUUAUAUAAUAAAAAACAUUUUUUACUACAA